CUGGUUGUACGUGUGCUUAGUGACUCGCUGUUAAAUUAACACGCAAAUGUAGCUAUGCACGAUCGUAAACUCGCUGUGGGUAAAUUUGACUUUGUAAGAUCUGUUUUGGACGUUUUCGAUAAUUGAUAUAUAUUAAUAUUUGCUUCUGUGUCAGUGCUGUGUUUUGUCUCAGGGUUGGUGUUUACGCGUAGGCUUACGAUAUCCUUAAAUAGAUCAACUUCAAGAGAUUGCGAUAUGGCGGUGAAGUUCAAAAGAUUCACUCUCCAUUUGAGAACAUAUUUAAUGAUAGUUUGGGCGGUAAGCGGUGGAGCUGGAUACAAUUGUCCGUAUGGUCAGAACUGUGGGUACGAGCCCGCCCCGCCAGGCCGUGCGCCUGCAUGCGCACAGCCUGGCCUGACGUACUGCAUACACCCAGAUCCGUACCCUGAUAAAGUAAUACGAAAAUUAGUCGAAGCUGGCCAGUACGACAUCCGAACUCUCCUGUCCGAUGAAAGCCGUGACGACUUCGAAUCCAAUAAAAAGACGACCUACCCGUACGGGUAUGGACCGAACUCUCUUCCACACGUGGACCAAAUCUCGCUCGUCGACGAUGACGUCUAUCACAAGGACUACAAUACGAAAUUUCACACGAAAUUUAAUCACGAUGUAUAUUCCGACAAAACACCAUUACAACCUCCUUUAUCGAACAACCCAACGCCAUACAACAUUAAAGCAUAUCAAGCUUCCAAUCAUUCCAAAUUCGGAUUCCAAGGGUACCACACGUCGCCACCAUCGUACUGGAACCCUACCAUCAACCAGUAUGAUUAUGACAAUAGACGUCUAAGACAGAACAGCGACAUGCCUAACUUGAAUGCGUACAAUCCUAACUAUUUUAACUCGCCAUUAUAUCAAAAUUAUGAGGCAGAUUGGCUCAGAGCUUCGAGUGGCGUGACGCAGUUUAAUCCAAAUGAAUGGUGGAAAUAUGUAGCACCGUCUCGUUCUGACUCUGACGUGACAAUACAAAGAUCUAUCACGUUUCCGACACGCACAACGACUCUCCGACGCACGAGAAGGAGACGUAAUGCUGAAUUGGUAGCGGCUGCAGAGAAGCGGACCCUCACAGGCACUGAGGCUUUAAGGAUAGCUCUAGGAUUGGCGAACGAAGACGUAUCAGCUGAGCGACCAAGGCGUCAAGCAGCAAAUACCGAGGAAUUGUGCCGCGUACGUACACAAUUUAUCAAUCCCCGCGCAGCCCUCAACAAUAAAGGCAAUUGGCGAUAUGUCGUCAAUAUGCCAGACAAUAUGACACAACUUGUACGAGCUGAAAUUUGCACGUCCACAGAAUGCAGUGGAUUAUGCACGAUACCCCUUGGAUACAGUUCCCGAUGCGAGCAAAAGUAUAUUCAGAAACGCUUGGUGGCACUGGAAUCGAGUGGACAGAAUUUAUAUACUGAUGUUUUUUGGAUACCAAGUUGUUGCCAAUGUACAAUAAUAAAUAACAAUUAACAUUAUUAUAAUUUUAAUAGAUAUUUUGUGAUGUAAAUUUAAGGAAAAAAAAAAUUCGUUUACUUUUAAUUCUGCUAUUUAAAAACAGAUGGCGCUGUAAGCAUUUUAUAUUUGUGCAUAUAUAUUGUGUGACUAAUAAUAAUAGUUUUUGUAAAACAUAUUUUAGAUAUAAUACAUUACGAAUAUUUAUGUUCAAGAUCAUUUACCGUUUUUCCUUUAACUUUUAUUUACUUUGACUUAUGCAUUAUCAUGACAUUAUUGUAAUAUUUUUCAAUUGCGUAAAAAGCAUUCUGUAAUGGGGUCGUGUGUUUCUAUUAGGUGAGAUUGAAUUAGAUUAUCGUAGCAUCUUAAAGGCAGAGUAUUAUGAUUAUGUAUAAAAAUGAUAGGUAUAUAGAAAUAUUUAAUCAAGUAUUAUGUGUUUUAUGCGACUUGUAAAUAGUAAGAAUGGCCGUUACACGAUGUUACCAUUAAAUGAUUUAUAAAUAUGUAUAAAAUAAACGAUUUAAAUUUAGGUUCGGUUCAUUGCACAAUAUUUUAUCAAGUUACGUAUAAUGAUAAUUUUAAAUAUAUAAAUAUGCUUACUGUAUUGAUCUCUGCGAUGGAUUCCGGGGCUCGCUCAUUUUUAAUUAAUAGGUACGUAAUAAAUUCAUAUAAGAAUGUUUCAUUUUGUACUUCUAACAAUUAUAACGUUUAUUUUGAAAUAGUUGGCUUUUAACAAUUGUAUGUGUAUUUUCUAUAUUUUUUUUAAUAAUUCGUAUUUAUAUUAUAAAAAAAUAUAUGUAUCAUACGUUAUGUUCGUUUUGCUAACAAAAUAAAAAGAAGCAUGUCCUCCAAGUCUGGGCAAAGGCCUCUCCCGUCGAGGCAAACGAAUAUGAAGCUAAUUCCACUGCGCUUAGCUCACUUGUGUCAGAUAUUUUUCCUAUAUUUAUGUAGGCUACUAUGUUUUUCUUAAUUUUCGAAUACAAGAUUAAAAUAAAUACAUUAUAUAGUAUAUGAAUUUCUGCAUGCAUGGAUUUGAUUCCGUAACAUCGGUCCACAUCUUCAAUCCAUCGCAUCUAAAGAAAAAAUAAAUCACAUUCAAAAACAAAACUAAGAUAAACUAAGCUGUUGAUUUGAUUCCGUUUUGCUAAAUACUCUGUUAAUAAAAUGAUGUCUUUGUCUUUAUUAUAAAACUUUUGAUAUUAUAGUGUAUAAAACAAUGUAUAAAAAUAUAUAUUAUGUAUUUAUAG